CCCUGAAAAAUCUUAGUGUAGACAGAGUUAAGAAGAAAAGCAUCGCAAGUAAAGAGUACUGAACAGCUUUUCCUUUGCAUUGCCUGAGAAGAAGCUCUUCUAGGGAAAGUUUGUGAGAUCGUCCUUCAGAUGGCGGUUCAGAGACUGACUGAGGAGGCAAAUCUAGUGAUGCAUUUCAGAGAAGACUUUAUGUGGUUAAGUGACCAACUCACAUAUGUAAGGGGUUUUCUGCAAGAUGCUGAUCAAAAGUCUCAACAGAGGGAGCAUGUCAAACAUUGGCUGGAGAAAAUUCGCGUUAUUUCCUUACUUGCAGAAGACAUCUGUGAGGAAUGUGCUGUUGAAUCCAAGUACAGAAAUAACGCUCAAUCUUGUGGGUUGAGUUGUAAUCAAUUGAUUUUUCGCUAUAGGAUAGGGCGGAAAAUCAAGGACAUCAAGGGCCGCAUGAGCUCUAUUAUUGAAGAUGGCAAGAAGCUGGAGCUAUUUCAUCAAGUUUCUUCUGCAAAUGAAGCGUUGCCGAGUACAUCUCAAAGAGCAGAGUGGAAGAGAUCUAGUCUUCUGCCCAGCGACAGCGACUCGCACUCAGUGGGAAUACAGUCCAGAGUUGAUGAGAUGCUCAGAUUGUUGGACAACGAUGCCUCUCCAGUCAUUGCGGUGGUUGGGAUGGGAGGGAUUGGCAAAACCCAUCUUCUUCAGCAUGUUUACAACAGAAUAAAAGAAAGGUAUGAGAAAUCUAUAUGGCUUUCAGUUUCUCAGUCUUACUCUAUUUCCAAAUUACAGAAAGAUUUAGUCUUUCAGAUAAAUGAUGAAGAUUUAAGUAAACGGGUAAAGGAAACUGAAGUAAGUGAGCCGGUAUUAGCACCAGUGAUUUAUGAAUGGUUGAAAGGAAAGAGUUGUCUUGUGGUGUUAGAUGAUGUGUGGAGGGCUGGCGGAGAAGAUGAUUUGUUUGCUAGACUUGGCCUCCCAAGUGCAAACAAUAACCCAUGUAAAAUCGUGGUGACUACAAGAAGUAGGGAUGUUUGUACAAAUUUGAAUGCUAAAAUUUAUGAGAUGAAAUAUUUGUCUGAUGAAGAUAGUUGGAGGCUUUUUUGUGUUUAUGCAUUUGAGGAAGGGAGAGAGCCACCGCAGCAACUGGAAGAGGUGGGUCGUAAGAUUGUAGAGCAAUGUGGAAAUCUGCCACUGGCUAUCAAAACGAUAGCCGCAUCUCUGGCAAAGACUAGAAUGCCAAGGGACUGGGAGUCCAAGCUCCAGCAGCUUCAAGGGGUCCAAGGGACUGCCAAUGUUGAUCCGAUCAUGCCUAUCCUCAGAUUGAGUUAUGAUUCCUCCUCUACACUUCUUAAAGCCUGCUUUGCUUAUCUUUCUUUUUUCCCCGAAGAUGAGAAGAUAGAUUGUGAGUAUUUGAUAUAUUUGUGGAUUGGGGAAGGAUUUAUUCCAGCAGGAGAGGACCAGUGGGAUGCGGCAUGGAACUGUUUAUAUCAACUUGCCAAUCUCUGUCUCAUUCAACUAUGGGAAGAAGAAACCUGUAAAGAUACAAGUGGUGACUUUUGUCGGAUAUUACUGGUCAAGAAAGAUAUAAAUGAUGAUGACAUCUCAGAAAGCCGUCCUGUUUGUCUCCGCACAUUCUCAUUAUCUCAGAAUGAGAGGAUUUCUCGCAUUCCAACAAACUUGUUUACCGCGAUGAGAGGAUUGCGCGUUCUCGAUUUGAGCGGGACAAAAAUCUCUGCAGUGCCUAAAAGCAUUGGAAAGAUGAAACUCCUCAAAGUAUUGAAUUUAAGGUACACAGAUAUUAGAGAGGUACCGGAGUGUGUGAGACAUCUGAAAAGUCUCUUGUUUCUUGUUCUGCCAGAGGGAUGUCAGACAUUGCCAGUAUGGAUAAAUGAACUCAAAUGUCUUCAGCAUAUAGAAUGCGAGGGGGUUAGUCGCAUGGCAAAGGGAAUAUCAAAGAUGCUCUCUUUGAGAACACUGCGAUCUGCAUGGUUGAACUUGUCCGUUGAAGAGGAGGAAUUGAUGAGAUCAGAGGAUUUGGGCAAUAUGACUCAGCUUCAGGAACUAUGGUUAAAUGUUAACCAUGAAAUGGAGUUGGAAGUGAUCCUUGCACGGCUGGUGAAGAUGCGUCGUCUAUUUAUCGACAAUGAGAUAGCAAUAGAACUUUUAGAGCUUCCGAAGAAAAUGACAGCAAUGAAAGAUCUAGAAAAUCUUUAUCUACGGAAGUUUGUUGUGCCAAGCUGGAUAUGUGGUUUCGCAAAUCUCAGGGAACUCGAGUUAAAUGGGUGUGAUUGUAGUGAUUAUCCAGAGUUGCAAAUAAUGCCCAACCUAGUGAGGUUGGAGUUGUAUGGGAAUAUUCGGUGCAGAGAAUUGCCAAAGGCGUUUGGAAAGGCGGGAGGGUUUCCACAGCUCCGCUUCUUGAAGAUUGAUUGGUUCAGAGAAUUAGAGGAGUUUCCAGAAUUGGAGGAGGGGGCAAUGGCAUGUCUUGAGGAGUUGAAGCUAUGGAGUUGUCCCAAAGUGAAGAAAGUGGGAGAGGGAUUGGAGCGGCUUAAAAGACUGAGGGUUUUCGAUUAUAGUAGAUCAGGGACCAGUGAGGUAAAGGAGAAAUUCAAGGAAGGUGGAGAAUAUUGGCAUAAAAUCAAAUCCAACAAUCCCCACCCAAUUAUUUCUGGUUAGGCAUUUUAUGUUUUGAAUUGUAAAGUUUAUAUUUAAAUUGUUAGUAUUCAUUUAGAUCA